CGGCGCCGGGCGGCCAAAGGGAGCCGCUGCCGGCGCGGGCCGGCGGCCGCCGCGAUGCUGCGCUACAGCUCGGGGCUCACGGUCACGGCCACCACCCCGCGGAGGCCGCCCGGCGACGGCGGCCGCGCCCGGCGGAAGAUGAAUGUCUGCAGGUUGCGCUUAACAGUACCACCUGAUGAAGGCUCACAGCCUGAGCAAGUAACAAAGGAACCUGAGAGAAAGAAAAAAGAACUCUACCACGUACCAAAUGGCAUGUCUCCAGGGAAGCUCUCUCAUGGGAUGGUGUAUGGAGUUGUGCACCGGACUGACAACAACCAUCAGAGAGAAAUGGUGGUUUACGGCUGGUCAGCGGAUCAGCUGAAAGAAGAGAUGAACUACAUUAAAGAAGUGAGAGCAACUCUGGAAAAAGUAAGAAAGAAAAUGUAUGGGGAAUAUGAUGAAAUGAAACGAAAAAUACAGCAGCUUACCAAUGAACUGAAAGUGACAAAUGCUCAUCAGGAAUCCUUAGAGAAUCAUGUGCGAGUGCAGGCUGCAGCCUUAGAUAGUUUCAGUGAAAUGAACAGCUCCUUGACAUCAGCAUCAAUAGACUUGCAGAAAACCCUAGUGGAUGUUACUUUGGAGAACACUGAUAUAAGGGAACAAAUAAGGAAUUUAAAACACACACAUGAGCAAUCUAUGGAAAAACUGAGAGAGAAACAAAAGCAACUGGAAACAGCGCAAAUUGAAAAUCAGUUACUGAAAUUAAAGGUGGAAUCAUCGCAAGAAGCCAAUGCUGAAGUCAUGAGAGAAAUGACAAGAAAACUGUAUAGUCAGUAUGAGGAAAAAAUGCGAGAAGAGGAGCAGAAACAUAAAGCUGAGAAAGAAAUCCUCCUAGAGGAAACAAAUCGACUUCUGAAGGCUAUUGAAGAGGCAAAUAGGAAGGUGCAGAUUACAGAAACAAGCAUACAGGAGAAAGACCAGAGAAUUGGUGAGCUGGAUCGGCUGAUUGAACGCAUGGAAGAGGAGCGUCACCAGCUGCAAAAACAACUGGAACUAAAUGAAAUACAAAUAUCAGGAGCAAAAUCUGAAACUAACUCGGACAGUGAGAGGUCACAGCAUCUGGAGGAGGUAGCAGCUAGCCUAAGGGAGCGAAUCAAACAUUUGGAUGAUAUGGUCCACUGCCAACAGAAGAAAGUCAAGCACAUGGUUGAGGAGAUUGAAAUGCUAAGGAAGAAAGUAAAAGAAAAGGAAUUAUUUAUAAUACAGCUUUUAGAAAAAAUCUCUUUCUUAGAAUGCGAGAAUAAAGAAUUACAAGAUAAAUUGGACUAUUUAAUGGAAAACCAACCAAAGACUAAUAUAGAAACCAGAGAUACUGGUGUAGGAUGUGAUCUUCCAUUCAGGAAAUUUAUUGCUAGGCUUCCAGAUAAGGGUAAGAAGAUCUCUGAUUUUGUUGAAAAGCUGACACUUGCCAUUUCACAAGAGGAAGAAAUAGCAAAGACAGCCGAGCUGUUGUCCGCUGUCAGGUUGGAGUUCCAGGCGAAACGGGAGGAGGUUCAUAAGAGCAAGCAGCAGGCAACCCGAAAUGAGGACGUCCCCAGCCAGGAAGAUUCCUCAGCCUUUAAUGAAAAUUCUAAUAUUAAAGAAGUCUCUAAGAUCGCUUCCCAAAGACAGGAGGCAGAAUGUACUCAGCAAGAUGCCACAAAUACGGCUUCUGAAAAUCAGAGGACUCGGAGAAAAAAUGAUAAAAUAAAGACUGCUAUAAAAGAUCAGAAUCAUUUUUGCGAAAUUAGCUCCAAGUCGGCUACAAGCACUCAUCUGAGAAAUGAUCAGCAGAUAUCUCGGAUUAAUUCUCAGGGUGGUACAGAAAGUACAGGUGCUUUGGACAAGAAUAAAGACAUGCUGGUUGAUGCCUUUCAAAAAGUUACAAUUGUAGAUGGGGAUAAUAAUGAACGAGUAUUGGAGAAAGAGCAGAAUGUCGCUAAAUAUAAGGGCAAUAUCUUUGGCAGCCUGCCUACCAAGACACCACAUUAUAUUGAAGUUCUAAAGUCUAGAGCUGAGAACCCGAUCAUUAAGAAAAACAAAUUUAAAACAAAUACAUUAUCAGGAGAGCUAAGUGGAUCAUCGCAUGGUUCCUCAUCCAGUCAUUCGCCUGGGGGAUUUGGAUCUCCAAUUACUACCGAAGAAAGACGACUUAGAGACAAGAAACAUUUGAAUGAUAUUACAGCAGCUCGGCUACCACCACUUCAUCAUGCCCCUGCUAAGUUAUUAUCUAUAGAGGAGUCCAUAGCAAUUCAGAUACAGCAAAAAGAAGCUUAUGAGGAAAUGCAAGCCAAACUUGCAGCACAGAAGCUUGCAGAAAGAUUGAAUAUAAAAAUGAUCAGGUUUGAACCAGAGGGAGAGGCCUCAAUGCAAUACAGAGAAGUGAGAGAUGAAGAUUAUAUUUCAGGAGAGGACUGAAUUCAAGAAGGAAUGCCUGAAGAUAAGCCAUGUAACUGAUCUUUUAUGCAGCACUUCUUAAAACCCCAAACCUGGAUAUUGAAAAUUCUUAACCUAGUCAAUUUUUUCUUAAAACUGUAACUUUACAGCUAUGGGAAGGGUUCAGGAUAAACCUUCUAAGAAUAUAAACUUUAAUAUUAUUUGGAGUCUCUUUUCAGAGCACUUGGGGGCAGUUAACCCUUGUGAAAAGCCCAAUAGUUAGUUUUCAGCUUUGACAAAGAGAGCUGCUUAGUACACUUUUGCAGCCUAUGAUGAAUCAUCUACAAGAGAAGGCUUCAUUUGGGAAAACUGCACUUACGAAGGGCAUCGACACACAUGUCCGAUAAAGUAAGCUAAGGUGCCUGUGAGCUGCUCCGUGGAAGCUUCACAUAUGAAAGCUCUUGUCUUGUAUAAAUAUGAAGUACUACUUUUAUUGAGGCAUAAUCUAUUUAAGAUUAUCUUGCUUUUACCACGUGGGGAAAAUGUUUGCAUGGACAGCUAUGAUAAAUACAUGAUAAGUUAGGCUGUUAAAUGACCUUCUUACCACAUGAGAGCUCGUUUCUGUGCCAACACCCUAAAAUAACACUUUCUACCCUUGUGCUGUAAAUAGGUAAGAAUUUCACGUUAUUUUGUAACUCAGAUUCUAUUUGGACUUUAAGGGACUCUGCUGUUUCAUUCUUGGUGAUUAUUGCAAAAUACAUCAAGAGGUCAGAUGAAUCUGAAGACUUUAAUAUUUUUAUUAAAGGCCUUCAUGUUUUCCAUAUUUUUGUACACUGGUUUCAAACUUUGGAAUACUAUUUUUUCAUAGUCUGAUAAUGUAAAUUAAUAGAGAUCCAUCCUGUGGUUUUCUUGGAGAAAAUAAGACCUGUGAAUUUUGCAGGUUUUGCUGUUCCUUGAGGAUAAAAUUCUUCCUAAUAAAAACAUUUUCUGCCUUGUAUUACAAAUUUUGAAAGGUGAGGAACACCACUUAAAAGUAUUUCACAAUGAUAUUCCACUGCUGACUAAGAUUUGAAUCAAGAUUAUAUAUUCCAACCCUAUUAUGAGUUUGUUUUAGUUUUAAAAAACAAGCCCCAGGGAUUCCUUAUAUAGCCUGGCAAAACCUGAUUUGUGAGAAGCUGCUGCAGCAGCUGUGCUGGGCAGCUGUGUGUGCAAGGCCCUCCCUGGAUGAGCACGUCUUCCUGCAGGAAUGGUGUCUCUGGAAACCAAGGGUGUUCCAGAUGCGAGUCAUUCAGAAAGCUGCACAAUGUCAUUUAGAAAUGUGGGAUGAGAGUCUUUCUGCUGUUUCUCAGGGGUAUAAAGUAUCUAAUACCAUCACCAGCACUUUGCUAGCAGACAGUUACUCUUUCCCAAAUGCUCCAUAUACUCUCCCAGGCAGUCCCUGUGGUACAGUCCCUAUCCUGGCAAUGCAGUUUGGCCAGCAGAGCUGCUGCUAAGCUAAUAUGUGGCAUUUUAGACUAGGCCAUCUGUUACUCAUGUGUGAUGCCUCUCUACUGUACCCUUUCCUCUCGCUGGUUUCUUCUUCUCAUUAACCAUUGGCUUUUCAUAAGCUGUCUGCUUUUCCCUUCUCCUCAUAGGUUUCUUCUCCCCUCUUGCAAGAGCAGAUCCAUAUUCUGCGUCCAUACACCACCCAUGCCUUAUCUCAUGUAUUGCUCCCUGUGUCUGCACUUAACUUCUGCUACCUCUCACGCAUCCUCCUUCCCUUGCUACCUCCUCUUGCUUUCUGCAACUCCAGCUGUGCACCUGGACACCUGUAUUUCUUGGUCAUUUGGAUAUCUUGCAGAGACGUGAAUGCUUUCGUGGUUUUUCCUGCAGCUGCCCUCCUCCUGAGGCUUCCCUUUCUUGUUUCCUAUGUUGGUUUGAGACGUGCUGGUGUUUAGUGCUUCCAGGCCUUAUAUCCUCCUCUUUCCCACUUUCUCCUGUUUUUUGUGUGUGUGUUCCUGCUCCAUCCUCUCAGCUUCUCACCAUCAGCUGUCUUUGCCAGUAUUGAUAUUUGGCAGACCUUCAGUCAUGCACAUUCAUCUGUCGGUGUCCAUGUCGAUGGCCUGUCUGAUCCCUCAGUUGCAUGUAUUUCUCUCCUCGUCUCUUCCUUGCACGUGGCUCUGGUUCCACGGGCCGCCGGAGCACUCUUCUCUCCUGUGGGUGCAGUUCACCUCUCAGAUCACCGCUGUCCACGCUACCACCCAUCGGUCCAGCCGAGCCUUGUCGUCAGCCUUCCCGUUCUUUCAGCCUGCUGUGCUGAUGAAGGACAGCAGGCCCGAGCAGUAUAUUGGCUUUCCCUUCGCUGAUGCAUGAAGCACAAGUUGCUGCCACUUCUAGGCCUAUUUGCUUCUCUCCACCUUGUUAAGGUGGUCACCCUUGUGCCUGUACUGACUGUGCUGCUGGACCUUUGUUAAGUUAGUACACGUGGUUUUUCCAUGCUGGCUCUUCUGUGCUUAAGGAAUUUACGCAAAGAUAGACAGUUAAAAAUUAGUUUUCCAGAUUACUGAAGGCUAGCUUGCCUUCUCAUGCUAACUAAAAUUACGUUCUUUUCCAUGUGCUUUCCAGGCUUAUUUUUGCUUUCUAAACUUCUUGAAGCAGAGGCAGUUUUCUUGAUCCAUGUUUCAGCAGCAUUUAGCGUGUUUUUGGCAGUAACAUUUGCCAAAGUGGAUCCCCUGAAAGGGCAAACUUCCCCCUAAAAAAUAACUCCACUUUAGUAACAGGUGAAGUGUGUUACGUACUUGUUAGGCCAUUAGCAGCUGUUUAGCAAAGCGCUGUGGGAGCUCUUGUGGAUGGGAGUGCUGUGUGAAUGCCAAACCAAGUUUAAGGUGUAAGUUAUAAGUUACUGUUUGAAGGAGGCUUUCUGGGAGGCUCCUUGGUCCCAGCUUUUGAGCAUAGGUAAGUACAUGUCCCUUUGAAUUAAGAUCUUGGCAGUGAUAAGAAGGCAAAGAAACGGGUGUAAAGAGAGUCCCAAGAUGAGGAGGAUGUGCAAUUCAAAGGUUUGAAAUGGGUUAGAGAAAAAGAGGAUGAAUCCUGGAAUGGUUUAGUCAUUCUGAAUUAAGUUGCUGAUCAGGUAUGGUAUUGCUGUUAUGUAUUUCACAGUUCUGCAGUUCCGGAACAUUUCAAAACAUACCUUGAGAAUUGGGGAGCUUGCUCUGUUUCAUUGGAGUGGACUAUUAACCCAGUAGAAAAUAAAGAAUUUAAAAUGUGUUUCUGAAGUAA